AUGUCAAUCCGGUCAGAUGAUCUAGCAGAGUUGCCCUUGGAUGGCCCUUCAGCCGCCGUUAUUGUCGACCGUGUCAACUAUCCCGACGAUCGAGCGCAAUGGGUACCGAAACACCAAGGCCCUAACGUCUUCCCGAACUUCUUCCUGUUCAGCCGCUUGCUGCGUUGGUGCUAUAGGCCCAAUCUUGUCGCUGUCAAGGACACUACUUUCGGCUAUACAGCCGACUACACUCAGCUCCUAACUGAUGUCCUCCAUCUUCGGAAUGUGUUGAGACAGACGCUGCCGCGACAUGUUGUCCAGAAGCUCGACAGAGACGAAGAAGUCUUCAUCAACCUUCUCGGGCCUGGUGGCUAUGAAUUCGUCGUGGGCUUUUUCGCCUUGAUGGCGCUGGGUGCCGUCAUUGUCCCGAUAUCCCCUGAUCUUCCUCCCAAGGAAGCAACAUACUAUGCCACCAAAUCAAGGGCCUGUGCCGUCCUGGUUGCACAGAAGAGCGUGCCGCUGGCACGGGAGCUCGAAUCGAUAGUUCGCCAACAGCACAACGAGAGUUUCCGUGCCAUUCAGAUCACGCCGCAUGUCAUGCAGAAGCCCCUGGAUCCAAGCCAGAUACAGAUUUCGUCGGAUCCGUAUUUCGAUCUGAACAAGUCCGGUCUGGUCAUCUUCACGUCGGGCACAAGCGGGCCCCCCAAGGGAGGAGUCAAGCGGAGAGGCUUCCUCUACGACGUGGCUACAUCCUUCAGCGACCAACAGGGGAUCAAGGAAGGGGACAUGGUAUUGCAUGUGCUGCCUGUGCACCACGCAACUGGUGUCACCGUCACUUUAAUUCCUUUCCUGUACAGUGGAGGAUGCAUCGAGUUCCGCAGCGGUGGGUUCAACGUCGAAUGGACCUGGGAACGAAUUCGACAAGGGGGUCUAUCCUUCUUUUCGGGAGUGCCGACCAUCUAUAUGCGCCUGAUGGCCUAUUAUGAACAGCGGCUGUCAAAACUGCCACCGCAGGAACUACAGGAAUACGUCAACGGCUUGAACGAAAUCAGGGCCCUGCUCUGCGGCACCUCAGCCCUGCCUCGGCCUCUGCAACAGAAGUGGACGAAACUGAGAGGCGGUCGAGCGAUCUUGACACGCUACGGUGGUACAGAGUUUGGAAAUGCCUUCACAGUAACGCCGCGGUCACAAGGCGUGCCAGAUGGCUCUGUAGGGGAGAAGGCGCCAGGGAUUGAUCUCAAACUCUCCAACGGCGAUGAAGGAGAGGUGCUCAUCCGAAGUCCCAUCUUGUUCUCCAAGUACCUGUUUGACAAGGAAGCGACGGCGAAUGCCCUCGAUGCUGAUGGCUAUUUCAAGACUGGAGACAUUGCCCGUCGGGAAGGGAAAUACUACUUCAUCCUGGGUCGAGCAUCCAUCGACAUAAUCAAAAGCGGUGGCUACAAGAUAUCCGCGUUGGAUAUCGAACGAGAGAUCUUGGGUCUUGGGUACGUCGCCGAGGCCAUGGUGGUCGGUGUCGAGGACGAGGAAUUUGGUCAACGGGUUGCCGCAGCACUAGUCCUCCAGCCAGAUGCACCACGAGACCUGACGUUGGAAAAGCUUCGGCGCGAUCUGAGAGGGACGCUGGCUGGGUACAAGAUGCCCACGCUCCUCCGUGUCGUGGACGAGCUCAAGAAGAACGCCACGGGCAAGGUUAUCAAGAAGGUCCUUGUCCAGGAACUGUUUCCCCCUGAAGGACAUGCCGACGUGCAACGAUGGGUAUCUAAGAAGCGGGAGAGCAGGCUUUGA